AUGGACCACGUAAUUUUUCUUUACAGCAAUCGAUUGCUUGUCCUUCCUACUAUUUUUGGGAUUUUCAUCAUUUUGAUAGCAUGGCUCCGUCGUGAUCGCAGGCUCAACUCUAUCCCAGGCCCGAAAACAUACCCACUCAUAGGGGUGGGCUACAAACUCCCUGCCAAAGCUCCUGUGUUAUUCCGCCAAUGGGCUCUGGAACAUGGAGAUGUGUUCAAAAUCCGUGUCGGCUGGUAUAACUGGGUCGUGAUCAAUACGCCUGAGGCGAUACGAGAGAUUCUCGAGAAGCAAGCUACCAAGACUUCCUCCAAGGCGCCCUCGCCGAUGGGCCAUGAUAUUGUCACCGGUGGUAAGCGCAUGCCAACUAUGCCUUACGGUCCGCAUUGGCGCGCACAGCGAUCCGUGGUGCGUCAGGUCACGACUGUCCCUAUUACAGCAACAUUCGUGCCCAGUCAAGAAUUCGAGACAAAACAGUUGCUUUUCGACCUUGCCAUGGACAACGACAACCAGCAGAACUUUUACCAGCAUAUGCGGAGAUAUGCGUUUAGCAUUAUCAUGACCAACACAUUUGGCACGCGCGUAAAGAACUGGAAUCAUCCCGAUGCGCAGAAUGCAGUGCGAAGUCAAGCGAUCCUGCGACGAACAUCAAGACCUGGUGCUUUUCUGGUUGAUGAGUUUCCACCAUUGGCUCUUUUGCCAAACUGGCUUCAGCCUGGACGAAAGGAUGCGAUCGAAGCAGCCAAGCAAGUACUUGAUAUCAAGAUGGGGCUAUGGCAUCGACUAGAAAAACAGUUCGAGGCUGGCAAAGCGCCUCACUGUUUUGCACGAAGCAUUAUCGAAAGCAAAGAGCAUUGGUAUGCUCAAGGCCUCAAUGAUGAGGACCUAGCCUGGGUUGCUGGUGGCCUUGUCGAGGCUGGGUUUGAGACAUCCGCAGCGACAUUGAACAGUCUGGUGCUCCAACUUGCGGCAAAUCUACGUGCGCAAAAGGCUGCCCAUGAUGAGCUGAUGAGAGUGGUCGGACCCAACCGUCUUCCCGGAUUCGAGGACAUGCCUAAUCUGCCCUAUAUUCGCGCUUGUGUGAAAGAGAUGCUUCGCAUGAACCCCAUUCUUUCCCCGGGGAUCCGUCACUAUGCAGACCAGGACGUCGUGUACAAGAACCAUGUCAUCCCAAAGGGAACCGUGCUUAUUGCGAAUACGGCUUUCCUGCACUAUGAUCCGACACGAUUCGAAAAGCCUUUCGAAUUCAUGCCGGAGCGUUUCCUAGAACAUAAUCUGUUCAGCUCCGAGUAUGCGGCUAUGAGCGACCCGUACAAACGAGAUAAUUUCACCUUCAGCACGGGUAGACGUGUAUGCCCCGGUGCUCGUCUCGCAGAGAGCUCGCUCGACAUCGCUGUCAGUGGCAUGCUGUGGGCCUUCGAGAUCCGACCGCCAAUGGUAGAUGGCGUCGAGGUGGAGAUGGAUUUGAGCGACAAUGCCUAUCCCGAUGGUGGCUUCACCAUUCCUAAGCCUUUUGCUGCCAGGUUCGUACCCAGGAGCGCAGAGAGCCUGGAAAUUGUCAAGAAACAGUGGCAGGUUGCGAUGCAAGAAGGCUACGAGUUGCGUGGUAUUCCGGUUAAUGUCGAUGGAAUGAUACAGGAAUGA